AUGCAACUUCUCCUGGCCGUGCGGGACUUAAUUCUGCCCUUUGUCAAAGCGGCCGACGAUGCCGCGGCCCAUCGGGAGACUGGCCGGCUUCCACUCGACGCCACGGGCAGCCCGCACAAUGUGCUAGUAGAUACCGUCAAGCCUCAAAAGCUUGCUGCACACCUCAAGUUCAUGUUGCCCGAUCAGGGCCAGGGCAAAGAGGGACUGUUGGAGGCUAUUGCCAAGGUGCUCAAGUAUAGCGUCAACACCUGGGAUCAAGGCUUCCUCGAUAAACUGUACUCAAGUAACAACCCGGUUGGUGUUAUUUCGGACAUUGUCUUGUCAGUUCUCAAUACAAACCUGCAUGUCUACCAAGUUUCGCCGGCUCUUACCGUUAUUGAAAAGACGACGGGACGAGCAUUGGCUAACAAAUUUGGUUUCGCCGGCCCGAGAGCUGGUGGUGUUACCUGUCAAGGUGGCAGUUCCUCCAAUCUCACAUCCCUGGUGGUUGCACGAAACACCUUGUACCCGGACUGCAAGACUGAUGGCGAUGCCAAGUACGACUUUGUGGUGUUCACCAGCGCCCAUGGCCACUACUCGGUUGAGAAGAGUGCCAUGAUCUGUGGCAUGGGCUCAUCGAGUGUAUGGAAGGUCCCCGUUGAUAACGGCGGGAGUAUGAGGGCCGAUGCCCUUCGCGAGCUGGUUGUUCGCGCCAAGGAGCAAGGAAAGACGCCAUUAUACGUUAACACAACCGCGGGCUCUACAGUCCGAGGCUCAUACGACCCAUUCCCGGAAAUUUCAAAGAUUUGCAAAGAAUUUGGUCUGUGGAUGCACAUAGACGCCAGUUGGGGCGGACCAGUCGUCUUUUCUGCCCAACAGCGGUGGAAGGUUGAGGGAUCGCAUCUUGCUGAUUCCAUCACCAUCAACCCUCACAAGAUGAUGAACGCCCCUACGACAUGUUCCUUUUUGCUGGGCCCAGACAUGAAUGUAUUCAACAAGGCAAACAGUACAGCUGCCGGAUAUCUCUUCCACGGAAACACAGACGAAGAUAUCUGGGACCUGGCAGACCUUACCUUGCAGUGCGGCCGCCGCGGUGACAGCUUGAAGGUCGCGCUCGCGUGGUUGUACUAUGGCGCCAAUGGCUUCGAGAAACAGAUUGAUCACGCAUUUGACAUGGCAUCAUACUUGUACAAGUUGGUACAGCAGACGGGCAACUUUACCAUGGUAUCUGAAAACCCACCUCCUUGUCUUCAAGUGUGCUUCUACUACGCACCUGGGGGGGAAUUGUCCAGUGAUGCUGCUACCAACACAAAGCGCACUCAGGUUAUUGUUGAGAGACUUAUCGGCAGGGGAUUCAUGGUGGACUAUGCUCCCGGCGAUGUAGGGAGCUUUCUCCGAAUCGUGGUGAACGUGCAGACAUUGCCAAGCACAGUGGAGGGCUUGACCAAGGCGUUGGAAGAGGCGGGAAAGGAAGUGGCAUAG